CCGUUGACUAUCGUCACCAUGUCGAAUUGCGCUCCAGGCGUUCCGUGGUUCUUUCCCAGAAAACGACGCAUGUCCGCACCACCGCUCAACUUUUAUGAUCUCAGAGACAUGAACGGAAAACAUUUCUGGACCAGGCAAAAAGAAACGGAAGAUUUAUUCCUGGAUCCCAAAGAUAUGGCCGAAUAUUCAUCUUUCGAUCGCCUCUACCCCACCGUUUUAUUCAGCGAUGAUAAGGCCCUGAAAUUAUAUUCAUAUCUGGUGGAUGUGUCGCAAAUUGUGGCCACUAUGGAGCUUGCUAGGACGAAAGUCCCUGUUCCUCGCGUUUACAAGCACGGCUAUUCCGGAAACUGUGGUUAUAUUCUGAUGGAGCGGAUUCGGGGAUAUGCACUUGACAACUUUCUUCGUCACUACAAAUGCCCAAUACCCCAUAAAGUCACAUCUGCGAUAAAAAAGAUCGUCGAAGAUCUAGCGAGUUUAGGUCUCUGCCAUAACGACGUCAAACCACGGAACAUUGUUAUCAGCUCGACCUGGGAUGUACUGACUCUUGUAGAUUGGGAUCACUGUAUGCCACUUAUACAUGCAGGAGAGUAUACCAGAAGAGUGAGAUGGCCGGAUAAACACGACCCCUUGUGCAUCGCGGAUAUCUGGGAUGCUUUCUUUCUUUCAGUGGCCGCCGACAGGGUUGGAGAGGAGUUGCUCAUGGGGCAGCACUAUCGUUUUUAUAUGUUCACGGUGCCUCUCCGAACGACCGGGACAGUCUCCCAACCAUUUGGUCCGCAAUCAGCGCUAUCUUUGGAGUACAUGGAACGUCGUAGACGAUCCAAGGCUUCCGACCUCGCAGGCGAGUCGGAAACAGCAGAAAAGGCGCAAUCAGUCGAAACUUACUCUCAGCACGUAAACACAGAUUUAUCCAUCGGUAAUUGUGGCGUCACCAAGUUUGUCGGAAUAUAUACCCCAGAGGGUUCCUAACGAUACAAAUAAUGACUCUCGACACGCUUGCUGUUGUUCAUCGACACCUGUGAUAAUUCUGGGAAGCAAGCCGUUUCACGACCCUUUGCUGCCUCACCAGGGUAACUCCCCACGAACCGUUCCUCACAUUGAAAGUUUAUUAUCAUUACGAGCAGCGAUAGAUGCGUUGGCCAACGGCUAUUUUGUAAAUGUUGUUGUGAGCUAGAAAUGAUACACUUGAACGACUGGUGUCGAC